AGCGUCACCGGGGUCUCGCGGCUGACAGUUAGCGCCGCCGCCGAGAGAGAAAGAGGGGCUAUAAUAUAUAAUGGCUUCCAAGCUCCCGCUUUGGCACGGGUACACUUCCUGAGGAUGGUAACCUUCUGGUGCAGUUAUAAAUGUUUUUACUCCUCAUUCAAAUGAUUAGAACGAUGACGGAAUACGCCGGAGUGGCAAUGGAUUCGGUGCAGCUGUUUGGGUCAAAGAAGCCAUACGGUUCAUCUCGCAGUAUUAUUCGGAGAAUAGGUACCAGCCUGCCACUUAGCCCAUGCCCCAGGAUUCAAUUUCAGCUUUUCCAUGCGUUUGGAGAAGGUGACCAGACUAAUCAGAAAUCAGGAGAUGUGAAAGAAAGGGCCGUUGCUUCCCUUGCUGAUGUCGGCUGGAUUGUUGGUGAUGAAGGUGAAUCAUUUACAAGGUUCAUAUCUGAGGUUCGACCGAUAUGUGCUGAGCUUACACAGCAAACUACUCCAUGUAUUGCAGGAUCCAUUAGCAGAAUCGUUUCCUCACCAAAAAAUGAACUAGAACCUGCAACUCCCACAUUAGCUAAUGAUGAAGCACUACAAAAAAUCAAUGUAUUGGAAAAUGAACUUGCUAAAUUACGAGAACAGAUCGCCAUGAUUGUGACUAUACAGGAAAAGAACAGUCUUUCAGCAGUGACACCUGGUGCUGCUCCUCUCUGUGCACUUGCUCCUCCACCACCACCACCACCUCCGCCGCCACUCCCACCUCCACCGCCUUUCCAGCAGAGUAUGUCUGCAAUCGACCUCAUCAAAGAACGAAGAGGAAAGAGAGCUGACAGUGAUCAAAAUCUAACCAUGCCUCAGCAGCAAACCAUGCCAAACAUGUUGGAUAUUUUGAAAGACAUAAACAAAGUGAAACUGCGGUCUGUGAAGAAAUCAGUGAAUGAUUUAAAGGUCAAACCAGAUCAGUCUUCAGUAGAUCCAACUGCACUCAUAGCGGCAGCUUUGAAACGAAAAUUUGCACAUCGCUACAAGAAUGAUAGUUGUGAAAUUGAAAGCCAGUUUUCAAAGUCUGACUUCAUGGAAACUGCAGAACCUCCAAACUUUGGACAGCACAUGCUGAAGCCAGCAGGAAAACGGAAGUUAUUGCUAGCAAAAUCUUGAUUAGAAGCAAAGUAAGAAGAAAGACUUUUGUAAAGAAAAUAGUGUACUUAUUCUCCAGAGUUUUGUUCUCCUCAGACUUCAUUGCUUGAAGCUGUUACAGUAAUUUUCUGUAGUUUUACAUAAGCAUAUAUGUGUAAAAUCUGGUAAAAAUAUGAAUUUAACUUUUGCUUAUUUCCUUGUGGCAGAGGAUAGUAUCCAUAUACCCACAACAGAAAACAUUCCUGUAAUCAAUUUUUAAUGUUAUUACAUAUUUGUGUAAAGUUCCAUCGGUAGCAGAAAGGAGUAACUAAGUAGAUCGCCUUUAAAACCUGCUUUGUUAUAAAGCGGGUUCAGUUCUAGUAAUAAUAAGUUCGAGUUCUAAUAAUAAUAAUCCCUC